AUGAAGGAUUCGUCCAUGGAGGAAAUCGAGAACGUCGGAACUGACCACCUCAAGGAUAAAAUUGAAGGUCUGGAAUACGAAAACAACCAACUAAAGGAAAUGGUCCAGACUCAAAUGGCGGCGAUGGCUCAACGGAACAGUGAGAUCGAAUCACUUGUUAAUCUCGUCAAAGAAAUAUUAGUAGGUGACGGCGCGGAUUCAAAAGGGAAAGACAAAAUGGCCGCCAUUCGGGGGGAAGGCUGCGCCGAACGACUGAAGGAAGGAGGCAGUAGCCCGAAAUGUGAUGCUGGACUGGGACUUCUCCGCGACUUGAUCUUCGAGAUGAGCCACGAGUUAGCGGGACUUCGAAUGCACAAGCUGCAAGUAAACGAAUUGUUUGGUCUGGCGAACGCAAGGGCCCACCAGAUCGAAGAACAAGUCGAACAAAUUAUCGAGCUCAACGGGGAAGUUUCCCGACGAGAGAACUGGCUCGCGACAGCUAAUGAGAAGCUGGUAGUGUUGGAACGCGAGCUCGUGAACGAACAAAAGAAAACAGAGGAAGUGAAACAUUUGAGAGAGGAAUUGGCUGCGGCUAAUUUCAAGAUAGACAGACUUCAGGAGGACAAUUGCCAGAAGGAAAAACGAAUCUUGGAGGUGGAGAGACGAUUAGAAGACCUGGCAAACAAAUUCGAGGAGAGGAGCGCAAAACUGGAGAUGGAGGGUCAGGAAGAGAGACUUAGAGAAGAGAGGCACUCAGGAACAGACCUGUGUAAGGAAAUAGAGGCUUAUAAACAACAGAUAAUUGCGGAACUCGAGCAUUCAAAGAGACGCACGAAAGAGGCCUCUAAGGAAAAGCUAGAGACCAGUGCAUCGCUCUGCCAAAGUUCCUUCGGAAAGGAAAUUGUAAUUGAGUUAGGAAGACUUAAGGAGCAACUGUGCUUUAGGAAGGAGUCGAAAACUCCACGUCUGGGAGGUCACGUAGAAAUGCUGGCGACCGAAGACCCAAGGCAAUUGAGGAGCUCUGGAGAAACAGAUAAGGCAACUGACAUCACAGAAUGCUUCCAUGACAAAGACUUACAAGAGGUUCAGGGGUCAAAGGACAGGGGUAUGCAGAGUUUGAGUGAAGUGAUUGAUCACCUCUUGAAACUGCAGAGAACAGAGGAAAACGACGACGCAGCAGCUGUGGUGAAAAUGGUUGCCAAGCUACGAAAACAAAAGAAGAUCCUGGGGUUCAGCAAAGAAGACAUGGCCAAUAAAGCACAUAUUGAUGUUCACAUCCAUGUCCUCAACAGAGCGCGAGGAAAGGAUGUCCAAACUCAGUUGGAUAAGAUUCUUGAAUGCAUGUGCCAACGCAUGUGCCAAUCACAACCUGCCACUGAGGACGUCAGUAUUCUGCAAAACACCAUCGUACCGGCACCUAUCCAGGAGGAAAAAGACAGGUCAGAUGCAGCGAAAAUGGUUGCCGACCUUCGAAACCAAAAGAGGCUCCUGGGAUGCAUGAGGGAAGACAUGGCCAUGAAAGCACAUCUUGAUACUCACAUCCAUGUCCUUAACAGAGCACGAGGAAAAGAUAUUCAUACCACAAUGAAUAACAUUCUCGAGUGCAUGUGCCAAUCAAAACUUGCUGCUGAGGAUGACAAUAUCCUGGAGUGCAACAUCCUAUCAGCAGCUCCCCAGGAGGAAGAAGUCCUCCUUGAUUCCACUCAUGAGGAGGUCCUAACUACCAAACAAGAAACCUCCAGUAUUCCAAAGGAAGUCCUGGGAACAUCCAAAACAAUUAUCUCUUCAGAGGACUUCAUAUUCAUCUCAGAAGACCUCUGUCUCACUCCCCAGGCCGCCUCAAUUGUUCCAGAAGACCUCUGUCUCACUCCCCAGGCCGCCUCAAUUGUUCCAGAAGACCUCUGUCUCACUCCCCAGGCCGCCUCAAUUGUUCCAGAAGACCUCUGUCUCACUCCCCAGGCCGCCUCAAUUGUUCCAGAAUUACCUCUGCUCUCACUCGCCCAGGCCGCUCAUGUCCAGAAGACCUCUGUCUCACUGCCGCCUCAGUUGUUCCAGAAGACCUCUGUCUCACUCCCCAGGCCGCCUCAAUUGUUCCAGAAGACCUCUGUCUCACUCCCCAGGCUGCCCCAAUUGUUCAAAAAGAGCUAUUCAUUACGAAACAAAGGGAUGCCUUCCAUGUCGAGGGAGCAGCCAUCAGUGGGGAUGAACAAGAACUCCAUAAUGAUAGGGAGGCCCUUAAUAUGGAGAGACUGGCUCAAAUUAGGGAGAAAGAAGCCUUUGCUUCAGAAAGAGAAGCCUUCUACAGAGAAAAAGAAAUAUUUGAUGAGGGCAAGGAUGCCUUCCAAAGAGAGAUGGCAACUUUCUAUAGGGAAAAGGAAGAAUUUCAUAUGA